AUGACGGAAUUUGAUGCAGUAGGAGCGCUUUUAUCUGGGCAGAGUCCUGCAGGCAGUUGCCGGCUCGGCUGCAUGGCUUGUCUGCACAGGUAUGAUCACCGAGAAUACAGGCCAAGGUGGGAUUGGGACCGUGAUGGGUCUGAGUACGUCAUUUAUCACGAUCGGAACCGUGAGCGGGCCAAUGCUCGGAGGUGUGUUGCUAGGCUGGUUUCGAUACUACUAGUAGACCGCGUGGUCGGUGCCGAUGGCCCUGCUGUUUCUCGACAUGAUUGUGCGGUGUGUGGUGAGACAGCCAGAGGGCCGUUCGCCGGAUCGCCCUCCUUGUUUAACAAGGCCAAGGACAGCGAGUCAGACACUGUCACUUCAAGCCACUCACACCGUGAUGUGGAGGGGAUUCCGACGGAAGCAUCGCCCCUGCGGCCACUGUCGCCCCGUCGGCCACCAUCGACUUCGACAACGGAGGUCAGCUCAGACUCAGAACCGCAUUGGGGAAGCGACGGUGAUUCAAUUGCGGAAACCCGCAAUCUCUACGCCGUAAUGCUUCGAGACGUUGGUAUCUGA